UCUUGCGUGCGCCCUGCAGACAGUUGUUUACAGUGGUCGUGUAGCCCAGAAAUUGCAGACAUUUAGUUAAUAAAUAACGUCGCUUUAAUCCGACUUGAACUGAUAACGCGUCGUUUUAUAGUCAGGAACACGUUUAGUGAGACAAUGCGGAUAAUCACGGCGACGAGCGCCUUCGUGUCCCAGUAUCCUAAAACUAUUGCUGUGAUCACAGUAACAGGACUUGGGCUAUUCGGUGUCAAGAAAUGGAUGGCUGGUGGUGUGUGUCGCAGCAAAGCCCGCUUAGACGGAAAGACGGUCUUGAUCACAGGUGGGAACACUGGGAUUGGUAAAGAAACUGCUGUGGACCUCGCUAGAAGAGGAGCUAGAGUAAUCCUGGCUUGCAGAGACAUGGAUCGGGCCAAUAAAGCUGCAGAGGAUGUGAAAAAGAGGAGUGGAAAUGACAACGUGAUUGUCAAAAUGUUGGAUUUGGCGUCUCUGCAGUCCGUGCGUGAAAUGGCUAAAGACAUCCUCGCCAGUGAGGAGCGGCUGGAUGUCCUCAUCAAUAAUGCAGGUAUCAUGAGCUGUCCUCAGUGGAAGACUGAGGAUGGCUUUGAAAUGCAGUUCGGUGUGAACCACCUGGGCCACUUCCUUUUAACAAACUGCCUGUUGGAUCUCCUGAAGAAGUCCGCCCCGAGCCGCAUCGUCAAUGUCUCCAGCUUAGCGCAUGAAAGAGGACAAAUCUAUUUUGAUGACAUAAAUCAGGAGAAGGACUAUAAGCCCAGGAAAAGCUACGCUCAGAGUAAACUAGCUAAUGUCCUCUUUACAAGAGAGCUGGCCAAAAAGCUACAAGGCACUGGGGUGACGACGUAUAGCCUCCAUCCUGGAGUCAUCAGGACGGAGCUUGGCCGACAUUUCUGGCCCACAAUACCCCUGUGGAGAAGAGUUGUGUUCACACCACUGAUAUAUCUCAUCAAGACUCCAACCGAGGGGGCUCAGACCACCAUCUACUGCGCCGUGGAGGAAAGUCUGAAGGAUGAGAGUGGACUUUACUACAGCGACUGCGCCCCCAAAACAGCGGCCCCUCAGGCUCUGGAUGAUGAAGCUGCCAAGAAGCUGUGGGAUCUGAGCGCCUCAAUGGUCGGUCUGGCAUGACCACAGUGACACUGACGACGACGACGAUGAUGAUUGUCAUCAUCACACUACCAAUGAACUGCCAAGUGGCCAGAGGAGGUAUUGGUGUUGUUUUUAAUGAGCAUCUGUGAAACUGCAACCAGCUGAGCUCGAUCUUAAUGUGAGAGACAAGAUAAGAAAGCACACACACAAAAAAAGAAAAAAAAAAUCACAAGUGAUAGACAUUUAUUCAGAAUAUACAACAAACUACUUGCAAAAAUACUAUGGGUUAAGUUUUUUUUCUCCUUUUAGUCAGAAGCAGUGCUUCACAGGUAAGUCACGUGGAAGCGGUGUGAUCUUUAUGUUUGAUUGCCAUUAGCUUGAAAUGACAUUUUAACUGACAAGAGUGACCAUUGUCUGUGUUGACGCCGGCCUGGAAUGUCUUUUAGUGUUACUUAAAUUGAUCACGUGAGGAGCUGAUGUGCUUAGACAAGUUUUGUAUCACUUGUAAUAGUGACAUUUUCAGGGCUUUUUCCCCCCUCCUGGGCAAUAAAGUGCUGUUACAUGGA